AUGAAAAUCCUAACCAAACUCAGAUCUGCAUUCAAGAAGUUAUUUCUUUCGAAGAAAUCUUCAAUCCCACCACCUUCCAACUCCGUCUUCCAGACGACGCCGCCGCCACCACCACCGUCGUCGCAGCAGUUACACACUGUUUACGUAGGUAAGUCUCGCCGUAAGUAUCUCCUAAAUACCGAGAUUAUCCAACAUCCAGUGUUUCAAAAUCUUGUUAAUAAAUCUGACGGUUCUGUUCGUUGUGAGGUUGUUCUGUUUGAUCAUCUGUUAUGGACUAUGCAGAAUACUGACUCUUCUGAUUAUGAUCUCCUUGACCUAAUCGACUUCUACACCUGCUAA